AUGCCUCAAUCAGGAAAUCAACUUGAUCAAUUACUGUUAAUAGUUAGUAAGUCUAGUUUUAACAUCGACCUUCUUCCAGAGUUUCUAUGGUUUUUGAUUGGAUAUUUUAAGCGAACUCUUCUAGAGGGUACCUUCGUCCUCCAUUGGAUCUCUUGGAUCCUGAGAGUUUGUGGACCUACGAUUCGUAUGGACCUACGAUUUGUAUGGACCUACGAUUCGUAUGGAUCUACGAUUCGUAUAGACCUACGAUUCGUAUGGACCUACGAUUCGUAUGGACCUACGAUUCGUAUCCCUGAAUAUGCAGGGUCCAUCACGUGA